AUGAAGGCAGCUCCUCUGCUGGUGUCAUGGCACGACGAAAACACACCAAUCUACUCUGCACAUUUCGAACCGCACGGCAAGGGCAGACUAGCGACAGCAGGCGGUGACAACAAUGUCCGACUCUGGAAAAUUGACGGAAGCGGAGACGACAGAAGCGUGACAUACUUGUCGACGCUGGCCAAACACACACAAGCUGUCAACGUAGUACGAUGGUGUCCCAAGGGUGAAAUGCUCGCAUCGGCGGGAGACGACGGAAACAUUCUGCUCUGGGUUCCGGCCGAGAAUGCAGCGUUGCAUGCCAACAACUUUGGAGAAGACAAACUAGAAGACAAGGAGACAUGGCGGACAAAAACAAUGUGUCGGUCGACGGGAUCGGAAAUAUAUGAUCUGGCUUGGUCCCCAGACGGCGUCUUCUUCAUCACGGGCAGCAUGGACAAUGUGGCCCGCAUCUACAAUGCCCAGACCGGCUCGGUGAUUCGCCAAGUCGCAGAACACAACCACUACGUCCAAGGCGUCGCAUGGGACCCGCUAAACGAAUACAUCGCAACCCAGUCGAGCGACCGCUCCGUCCACGUCUACACACUCAAGACCAAGGAUGGCUCCUGCAGUCUCACCAACCACAACAAGAUCAGCAAGAUGGAUAUGCCGUCCCGCCGCGUCUCACAAAGCAGCCCUGCUCCGCCAGACUUCCGUGGUCGCGCCUCGUUUGUCGGCAACGAGUCUCCCGCUCCCAGCGCUCCCGGCACUCCUCUAUCGCUCGCCCUGCCCAUGAACCCGCCACAGACCACCCACAGUCGCCGAUCCUCGUUCGGUUCCGUCUCCGUCUCGGGCCAAUCCAUGCGCCGCUCCGUCUCGCCCAGUCCGUCCAUGCCUCUACCCGCCGUUAUGCCCUCAGCUUCUCCCAGCAUUGGAGGCGGCCUGAACAUGCCUGCCCGCAGCACUGGCAUGUACGCCAAUGAGACCUUCACAUCCUUCUUCCGCCGCUUGACCUUCGCUCCCGAUGGAAGUCUGCUCUUUACACCCGCUGGCCAACACAAGGAAGCCCAUGCUCCUACGACAGAGCCGAACAAGACAGAUGACGUGGUCAACAUGACUUAUAUCUACACAAGAGCCGGACUCAACAAGCCGCCUGUCGCAAAGUUGCCUGGCCACAAGAAGCCUUCGCUGGCCGUCAAAUGCUCGCCCAUCUUCUACACUCUCCGCGCUUCCCCGGUCCCGACGAAAGACAUUACAAUCGACACACACAUGGAAGAUGAGAUUCCUCUUCUCCCCGAGCCUGUUGUGCCUGCCAGAUCCAUCUCUGCUAUGGAGCCUCCGCCAAUCGUUCCUUCUCCGGCACCAAGCCACGCCCAUCCAGCUCCCAUCAACGAAGAUGGCUCGCCUGCACAGACUCCUUUCAAUGGACCCCCGCCAGUCUUUGAUCUGCCAUACCGGAUAGUCUACGCCGUCGCUACUCAAGAUUCUGUCCACGUCUACGACACCCAGCAGUCCAAGCCGCUAUGCGUUGUCAGCAACCUGCAUUACGCCACUUUCACCGACUUGACCUGGUCAAACGAUGGCAACACACUACUCAUUACAUCGUCCGACGGCUUCUGCUCCAGUCUGAACUUCCAGCCUGGCGAACUCGGUGUAUCAUACCAACACCCGCCCAUUCCUCGCCAUGUACCUUCCAUGAUCAACACCGCCGGAUCUCCCUCCACCACAGCCGCAUCUCCAGCAUCAACCCCCAUCACAGCAUCCAUGCCUCAAUUAAUGCGUAAUCCAUCAUCUCAAGGCCACGGAGCACCAUCACCAUCACUCUUCACUAUGCCAGGCAGCCCGGCUAGAAGCAUGUCCACAGUCAGUGUCGCCGGCAGUAUGGCAGCUCCCGAAACUUCCGCCGACACACCCGAGAUGAGCAGUGUACCCAGUCUCACAGCCGCUAGCUCCGGCACCAACAUGAUUGGCGGGAUGCCCAUGUAUACACCACCUCAGACUCCUGGCUAUGUGGCUGCUACACCUGUCAUGCAUGCUGCUGUGCCUGUCUCCUCCGCGGCAAACGCGUCUAAUAAGCGUGAUCAUGAGGGAGGGGAGGAGGCUUCUAGGGAUAAGAGAAGGAGAAUCGCACCUACGCUUAUCUCAGAUACCUGA